AAACACAAAGUUAUGAUUUUGCAUCAAAACCAUGUGCUUUCCCUUCCCACUCUAUAAAUACCAACAACUCCAAUGCCUUCUACUCACACAACCAAUACAAAUACAUUACACAAUACCUUAUAGUUCAAGUAUCAUACAAAAAAAAAAAACUAGAAGGGUUUGAAAAAUGGGAGCUAAGAGAUCAUCUUCUUCUUCCUUAUGCAAUGUAUUCAAAGCAUGUUUCUCAAGUGGAAACAAUGAUGAAUAUUGGGAAGGUAGUGGAAGUGGAAGAAGAAUGUUUGCAAGUGAUGAAGAUAGAGGUUGUUGGGUUGCUGAGCCUGGUAUUGAUAGGAAAGCUUCUGAUUUCAUUGCUAGAUACUACGCGACUCGAGUUACCGACUCUCAAAGCCAAUUUGCUUCUUGAAUUAAUUGCUUUUCUUCAUUGAUUUUUCAUUGCUUAAAUAAUUAAGUAGCUAUUUUUCCACCCUCAUUUACUAUGACCAAUUGUACUUUGUUCCUAGCUACCUCAUUCUUUUGUCCUUCUUAAUCCCUUGAUGUUCAUUAUCUGCAGUAAUGUCUCGGUUAUUUGAUGAAGAUCAGACGGUUUAUAUUUUGAAUUUAUAUUCUAAACUCAAUUUUGUUACGUCCGAAUACCAACCGUCUGAGAUUUGUUGAAUGGCCGAGUUGCGAUGACUAUAAGAUUCUUUUACUGCAGCACCUUCAAAUGCAAAACCAUUCUUCUUGGAGCACAAUGCCUGACUAUGUAUUUGUUUCCGCGAUACAGCACAUAAAUCAUACUGAUGUUUGGCGGAAACAAGAAUUCGUUGACGUGCAACUUAUCGAAAUUUCAAGAUAUAUUGAGAUGAUUAUGAUUAAAAGUAUGAAAGUAUGUCAAAAUUAUUAGUAUUGUCUUGUAAUUUUCAAGUAGUUAUGUUAAGAAGAGAGUGAGUUUAUGUAAUAGUCAUUACUUGAGGAGUGGAUCAGAUGCUUGUUAUUUCAAAUAAUUUAGUCAUUAAUAAUGUAAGACUUUAUUCUUUCUUAUUGUGAGAGAUUUGAUUUGUA